CUUCACCAAACAUGAAGCCGCAGGUCACUCUGGUGCUCAUCUGCAUGAUUUUGUCUGGAGCUUUUCAGGCUUCAGCAGCACUGAAGUGUUUGAGGUGUGUCAACAAAGCGUGUCUUGCUUCAGAGUGUGGGGCUAAUGAAGAUCGCUGCUAUACCGUACCAACUUCAGUGUUUGGCUUCAGGCUCACUGGGAAAGGAUGUUCAACCAAGGCAGAUUGUGAAGUACAAGAUGCUGCUGGGAAGAUAUCCUGCUGUAAGACGGAUCUGUGUAACAGUGCUGAGGGGGUUAAGCUGAGUCUCCUCAUGAUGCUGGGGCCACUGAUCUUCUCUGUCCUCUUCAUCUGAACUCUCUGCUGCUCCUC